AUGGCUGAUACUGAUAGAAUUAGCAACUUACCCGAUGAAGUUCUCUUCCACAUUCUCUCAUUCCUUCCCACUGAAGAUGUUUUUGCAACAAGUCUUGUGUCCAACAGGUUCAGACCACUCUGGCUUUCAGUCACCACUCUCGAUUUUGAUGAGUAUAGAUUUACUCCACCUGGGACUAGAUCUCUUGUACGAUCACCGCCCUCUUCCUUUAUCAAAUUCAUCUCAGCUGCCAUUCUCGCCUGUGGUAUUCACCAACCCAUCAAAAAGCUUCGUCUCUGGCUUUCACUCCCAGCUCUCGAUCUUAUACAACCACCCUCUUCCUUCAUACAAUCCAUACACGCCGCCAUUCUCCGGCGAAGUAUUCACCAACCCAUCAAAACGCUUCAUCUCAAAGGUAAGUAUGCAACAUUCACCGACCAUAUUCAGACAUGGUUAACCGCCGCAACAGUGCGCAAUGUUGAGAGCCUCCAAAUCCAGUGUUGCACUAUGCAGGGCUUGAUCUUGCCGUGCAGCAUUUUAAGCAGCACCAAUCUAGUUGUUCUCAAGAUGCAGUGCACGAAAUUUAAGGAUUUUUCUAGUGUUGAACUUCCCUCACUCAAAGCUCUGCAUUUGAACGGUGUUUAUUUUUUCAAUGCUCAACAUUUAAUGGAGCUUCUUAAUGGGUGUCCCAAUCUUGAAACUUUGGAAGCACAUCAGAUAAGUUUUGAUUAUAUUGACCCUUCAUCUAAGGGUAAGGGGAAGCUUAAACCUUUAUCAAAGCUUGUCAGAGCAGAUCUUUCUUUCAUGAGGAUGAGGAUACUGAGAGCCUAUAAUAUUGAUGAGUUUGUCCGUGAGUUCUGCCAUGAUGCAGACAUUCCUAUAUUUCCCAAUUUAUUCCAAUUUAGGCUCAUCUUGGGAGGCCGCUUUGUUAAAUUGGAAGCAGUGCUUUAUUUGCUCAAUCAUUGCCCUCAACUUCAAACUUUUGUCCUUGGAAAUGAUAGAAUAUGA